AUGGAGGGUAAACCACAACCGCAAGAAGUAAUAUCAGAAGCGCAGGAUAUUAAACCACAACCUCAAGUGAAGCAAAAAUCUACAACAUCACUUAGGAAUGAUAUUCCAGCUCAAUUUCUGCCGUCACAUUACAUGUGUAAUUAUCCAAAAGGUAUACCAAGGAGUUUCUUAGUAAAACCGUCUUCGCAGACACCUGAGCCAUAUUCCCAUUUCGUAAAUAAAAAUGCGAACCCCUAUCAACAAAAUGUUCAACCGAAUACUUCACAUCUUAACUGGCAAACCGGAAAUGUACCGAUGGAGACAGAACCCGUUUGGCAUCCAAAUACGGUAUCAGCUGCGCCAGCAUAUGGGAAUAUGGGUAAUGUUGAAGGGAACCUUGGAGUCCAGCAACCAAUGUUUGAUCAAACUUUUGAUGAAGGGGAAAACCGUCAAGUUUACUCGCCUUCGGAUGUGUACGCUGAUAAUUUGGCAUCGAAUUCACAAAAUGAUAUAUAUAAUGACAUGGAACCAGAUUCUCCGGAACACAACUCUGGCCAGAAGAGGCAGAGCGCUUUCGAUCGCUUAGGACCCGUGUCAGAGCCCAAGAAACCAAAACUGACCAUUAACCUUCUGUUCAAUAAAGAACAAGCUGUCAGAGAGGUCGUAGAUGGAGCUACCGAAGAAACAAAGGUAGAAAAAUACGUACCAGUGCAUCUUCGCAAGGAGAUAAUCGACAGUACUGAUGAGACGGUCGUGAAGUUCCGGGACCUCUGGCCUUGGAGACGAUCUGUACCGGUCACGAAAAGUGUUACGGCAAGAACUUCAAAGAUGGCCAUGAUAUUGGAAAUGGAGCAAAUGGAUGAGUUUUAUGUGAGGGAGAACCUAUUCUUUCUGAUUUCUGUCAAAGGUUAUCCCCCUUCUUGGACGAAAGAAAAAGUAUUGGACGUCAUGUUGGAUACGGUGAAGACAAAAGGUUUUAUUCCCUGCUUUAUUGAGUUCACAGCGGAAGAAUGCAAGUUCCUCGUGAUAAAGUGCCGGCCAGGGAUAAUGGUUAUACAUAAGAAUGGCUUCUAUAUUCGUAAAGAUGACGUUGAAAUGGUCGUCACAAUAUCGGUAACAGCUACCUCUUUAAAUCAUAUAGAGUUCAUACCGAGAUUGAUAUUAAGGAAGAGAUUGGUCUUGGCGUACGAUGGAACGAACUGUUUGGAUUUAAGCAACUUUACUACUAAGGAAGAUAUAAGUCAUUUCCUAUACUAUCCGCUGAAUCAACAGAUCAAUCAAAUUGAACUUAUGGAACUGCAAACUAGCAUUAAUUGGGAGAAGAUAACGGAACUCAACCUUUCGCACAACAGAUUGACCUCCAUAGACGGCUUCAAUCUCGCCGUAACGACGCCAAAGUUGAAGCACUUGGAUUUGUCGCACAAUUAUCUCGAUAACGUCAUGAAACUCCUUCAGAUACGCGACUUAGGACUGCGUUCGAUCAAAUUGGACGGUAACCCUUUAUGCAUCAAUUACAUCGACCCGGAUCAGUACGUGAAAGUUCUGAAGACCAUGUUUUCUUCGCUGCAAGAGAUUGAUGGUAUUCCUAUCAAAUUUAAAGGAGAUAUGCCUCCGUUCAAGAAGAACUAUUGCCCGGAAGCGGCGAAGCCUAUAAUUGAGAAAUUCCUAGAAACAUAUUUCCCACUUCUAGAUUCUACAGAUAUAGAAAGCAGAGCUGGGGUUGAAGAACUGUACCAUGAUAGAGCUUCCAUGACCAUAACUUAUAGGUUCAAAAUUCGUUACGGCCCAAUAUACAGAUCAUUCCGCAGUUUGUUCCAACGCAGCCGCGUUAUAGAUGAAGGCGAUACAGAGUCAGUAGACGGCGCUGCGGUGAUUGCGGACCUUAUUGACAAAUGGCCGCCUUUAAAACACGAUCCUACUACUUUUUCCGUGGAUGUGAUCAAACACGAUGACUUCAUGACCAUCUUCAAAGUGGCGGGAAUCGUCAAACUUACUUCUGAAAGCUUAGCGGACGAAGAACACCUCCUAGCGUUCACGAGAACAUUCGUACUGCACUCGUACGACGGCUGCGAGUUCAAGAUCACCAACGACAUGGUAUACUGGGAUAUACCUACCAACGAAUACGCCAACAACGCCUUCCAGAUAACUACAACGGUAAAACCCGUGAAACUUAAUUUAGCACUUGAGUCGGAACCUGACGAUAAUCUCAAAGAAAACCUCAUGAAAAUUUUUAUGCAGUUGACUGAUCUAGGCAAAGAAGCCAGUGAAAGGUGCUUGGAUCUGAAGAAUUGGAACUUAAAGUUGGCAUUGGAUUAUUUCAUCAAAUUAUUGAAACUUGAUGAUUUGGAAACGUUAACUAAAGAAGGAAUAUCGUAA